UGCCUCCCUUUAUUUCUCCAACAUCUUACUUCCUCUAUUACCAGCCAAAACGCACCUCCCUUUCUUUCUUUUCACAAAAACGCAGGCUUACACUUUCUCUCUCUUCCAAGCUUCCCUUCUUCCAUUUUCUCUCUCUUCAUAGCUUUGCUAUUUUUGUAAAAUUGCUAGAAUUCUUCUUCAAUGGCAAGAACUCGAGGUGGUGGCACAUUUCACCGAAGAAGAAGCCUUCAUUCUUCAGCUACAAAAGUAGAUCAACCACUUUCUGGCAUAAUCUUUGUUUAUCAUUUGAUUCCUGCAAUUUUAAGCUUAUUAAUUGUUGUUUUUCUUUAAUUGAAACUAUUUGCAUGAAUUUUUGUUUGAAUUUUGUUUCGUAUUGAAGAUUAUUUGAAGAUCUAGGGUUUUCCGAUGUUCGAUUAUUUUAUCUGUUUAUUGUUCUAUUGAACACAUAAAACCACAAUAAAUGUUCGAUUGAAUUUUGUUUCGAUUGUUUAGCUGUUUGUUUUCUCGUUAAAUUUUGAUUGAUUUUUAUUUUUUUUCAUGAUUUAGUUGUUUUCGUCGUUGAUUUAUUGUUUUUGAGUUUAGUUUCAGUACUUGAUGAUGGUUUGUACUCGAUGAUGAUUUGUGCUCGAUGAUGUUUUCACUAUUAAUUCAUUAGUUUUCUGUCUCUGCUGUUUGAAUGAAGUUUACCGGAUUUUCGAGCUUGGAUACUUUGGUUACUGGCCUGCUUUACGUAAUUUGUAAUGGUUCUAUUUUUUAGGGUUGAUUUAUGUGAUUCUCUGGUCUUAAAUUUUCUGGUCAUUAUUAUUUUAGAAAGGUCACUAUAAUUUACAUAUUGAUUUCUUUUGUUUAAUAAUGAUGCCAAAGGCUUGAAGAAGAAAACUAGAGUUAAUAAGAAAAAGAGUGUUGCUAUAGAGGUUCAUGAAGAUGUUCUUGAGCAUCAAGUUUCUGCAAUUGGUUCACCUUCAUCUCGUCGUAAGAGAACUCAUGAAGAUGAAGCUGAAGUUGUUGCUCUUGUUCGUCCUAAGAAGCCAAGCACAAGAACUAAGAAAUCAAUAGUUGAAGCUGGUGAAUCUGGUGGUGAUUUACCUACAUAAGUAACUUUGUUUACUUUGGAGUGCUCUCAAAAAGUUAGAUUCAACAUGUAUGUUGGUGUGACUAUGCAAAUUUGGGACUGGAUUAUGGUUAAGUUGUGCUUCUUUGAUCUUUAAUUAUUGGCCACUAAUUUGAUCUUGUCAGACUGCAUUGAUUUUUUGAUUUGUUAACUUGAUGUUGAUUUAAUGUUGAUAGCAUUAUUAUUUCUAUUUUGUAGAUUGCGGCCAUUUAAAACUAAAUGUAGGCCUUUGCAUUUGGUUGACAUGAUGUCUAACUUUACUGUUGAUCAAAAAAAUUCUGUAAAUGAAAUCGGUUUUGGAGGGUUGUUAUCAUUGAAGUUGAAAAGGAAUCCUACUAGUAUGUACAGGUGGCUAAUUUUUUUACUGUGGUAGCUGCAUGUUUUCAAUCGAUAAUAAUAAGGAAUUUGUGGUGAAUGAGUAUGAUGUGUAUGACGUGUUUUGCCUUCCUUUGAACCCCAAAAAUGUUGAGGAGAUACCUAAAUCUGCUAAUAAAAAUAAUCCAGCCUUUGUUUUCAAUAUGUCUGGAGAUUGCAUUUUGGGUUGACAGAUGAAAAUGAUCAAAUUACACUUAAUUUUUUAGAAGCUAGGAUACUUACUUUAGGUCAAGGUGGAGAUGAGAUUAAGCAACUCUUUGUUAUGCAUGCAAUAUCCACGUUUUUAGCUCCUACUUCUAACAGAACCGCUGAUCUUAGGAUUGUCAAGACACUUGAUGAUGUUGAACAAAUUAAGAAAUUGAAUUGGUGUAAAUAUGUUCUUGAAAAUUGUGUGAAGGUGUUAAAAGUUACAAAAAAGGAGAAAUUCAGAACUGUUGUGGUUGUACUUUGAUGUUGGAGAUUAUUUACUUCCAUAGGUGGAAAUUUAGGAAUGUUGAAUUAAGUAAUUCUUUACCCUUAAUUCAACAUUGGAAUGAUGAGUUGAUUAGGGAUAAAAUUAAGAAGGAAAAAUUGUCCAAAAGUUCUGGGUGUGGGAUUUUACUCUCUGGUGUGUGUCCUAUUAGUGGUAAACUGAAGUUUCUGGAUGGACAUGUACUGGGUACUGCAGGGGGGAGUAUUGGGAAUGUUGGGGGGAGUUAUAAUGUUGUGAGGAAUGUCGGGGGGAGUGUUGAUAUGCCUGAUUCCCAGGGUACAAUACAGUUCAUUCUCCCAUCAGCUUCGAUGUCAGAUCAAGAGAUCCAUUCGGCUGCUAUUGAUCCCGUUCAUGAGCAAUUUUUGUUCAUGAAAAGAGAUAUGCAUGUGAUCUCUUGUUUUUAUAAUGACAAGAUAAAAGAGAUUCUUCUUUCACGUGGUGAGGCCAACAACUCUCCUGGUAUUAAAUUAUCCCAAGAUGAUUCGUUUUUUUAUGGAUCCUCGAGUUCAAUCUGUCAUUGAUGAGAUCUCUGAACUUGCUAUUUGGGUGACAAAAUUACAUGAGGUUUUGGAUCAAAUUUCUACAUUUGACCACAACAAAACAAAUGGAGGGAGAAAGGCAAUUAGAGGCAAUAUGCCUGUGAUUGGCUUUGAAUAUAUUCUUGCAAAUGGAAGGUCCAUGUGUUUGUUUUCUUUAGAUUGGAAAUCUGAUG